CUCUCUCUCUCUCUCUCUCUCUCUCUCUGUUAAAAUGCUCACUGACGCUCAUAUUGUUUCUUUUCUUAAUUAAUUAAUUAAUUAAUUAUACAAUUUAAUCAAGAAAAACUCUACGGUUACAACAAAGUGCGAACUCUUGAUUAGAUUUUUUUCAUCGGUUGCCAAGGUAACGUGUACUUCCGGUUCAACUGUUACUCUUCAUCAGGGAACAGCUGAAGGUUCAGGAAUGUCAUCUGUAGAACAGAGGUGUAGGAGGUGAUGACAGGAGAAACAGACACAGAAAUACCAGAUACAGGUGCUGUAUUUACCUUUGGAAAGAGUAAAAUCGCAAACAAUGUACCCAGCAGGUUAUGGUUAAAGAAUGAUAUACCUGUGCACAUCUCAUGUGGACAGUCACACUCAGCCUUUGUAACAGAGCAGGGCCGUUUGUUUGUGUUUGGAAGUAAUAACAGCGGUCAGCUUGGUCUACAAACCAAAGGACCGGUUACUAAACCAAUCUGUGUCAAAGUUCUUAAAGGGGAGAGAGUUCAGUUUGUUGCCUGUGGGACUGAUCACACACUUGUAAGCACCUCACAAGGGGAGUUUUUUGCAGCUGGAGGAAACAGUGAUGGACAGUUGGGACUGGGCCACUGUAAUGACAGCAUCUCUUUCCAGCGCCUACACCCCUUUUGUGACUAUGCUCCAAUCAAAUUGCUCUCUGCAGGUGACCACACCUCUGCUGCACUUACAGAGGAUGGCAGGCUGUUUCUUUGGGGUGAUAACUCUGUUGGUCAGCUUGGUUUGGGGAAUGACAGUCAUGCCUUAUUGCCUGAAGAGCUGAAAUUGGGACAACUCAUUCAGUGGGUCUCAUGUGGAUACAGACACUCAGCUUUGGUCACAGAUAAUGGGGAUGUUUUCACUUUCGGGGAAAGUGCAGAUGGACGACUGGGUCUUUCUGCUCAUCAGCUGGCCAAUCACAGUUGUCCCCAGCGAGUAGAAUCUCUGCAUGGGGUUCUGCAGGUGGCAUGUGGAGGCAAGCACACGCUCGCCCUCACAGAGGAUGAGUUAUAUUCUUUUGGCCGUGGGGAGUUUGGGCAGUUGGGGUUGGGGACGCAAAUGUUUGUAACAGACGUACCCGUUGCUGUCGGCCACUUCAGGAAAGGCAGAGUCACUCAUGUCACAUGUGGUGAAAACCACAGUGCACUUAUAACAGAUAGUGGUCUCCUGUACACAUUUGGAGAUGGCCGUCAUGGGAAGUUAGGCCUCGGAGAUGAGAACUUCACCAAUCAGUUCAGUCCAACUGUGUGCCAGAGGUUCUUUGAUUACUCUGUCAUGACUGUGGCAUGUGGUUCCAGUCACAUGCUGGUGUUCGCACGGCCACGGCAACAGGACAGUGAAGAAGUUUGUUUAGAGGAUGAAGACGUUACCUACUCUUACCUGGACAGGUGUUAUACCUCAAUGUUACAGGGGCAACCAUUAGAACAUAUUCCAGAACCAGCACCUGCUCUCCUCUCACAAUUGAUCUUUCUCCCCUCAUCUCUUCCAACCUCUCACCGCUGGAGCCUAUCAACACGGGCCAGACGGAGACAGAGGGAGAGCUCAUCUGCACAGUUUGGUCCAGAAUUUUGCGAUCUUCCUCCCCCUACAACUGGCUUUACUGCACUGGCCCUGAGAGGCAACAUCCUACAACCCAGAUCUCCAACAGACACUCCUAAACGCUUCAAAACUGAAGCCCCUGUGGAAUCUCCUUCUACCUCAAUCACACUGCCUGUCGGGACACCUCCACUCACACCCAUCACUAAGAGCGCAGAGGACUGCCAUAGUGUUGGAACAUCAGAAAACAGCAUGUCAGACAAGACACAUGAACAGCAUAAGAAUAAGAUGGCAAGAGCCUCUUCUAUUGGGAAGGAAGAGAAUGUUCCUCAGCAGGCUCCGCCCACUGAAGUACAGUCUGGUUCUGUUUCUCAUCCAUCAAUGACAGAAUCUCUACCACCAAGCAGUCUUAAACACAAGAAGCCCAGGUCUGGAAAUCCAAAGAACCCUGCUACGCAGGAGAAAUGUUUUUCUACUACAGCAUCACAAAGCAAAAUACAAUCCAAAACAUACAAAAAACCUAUCCAGAGUACAAAUAAUAAAUCGAAAGUUCAAGCAGUAGAGGUCAGAUUAUCUCCAGAGAGAAUGUCAGCUAAAGAAAGAGAGGGAUGCAGUGAAACACGCAGUACUAAUACUGAUUCAAGGCACAAAAUUUCAAAAGCAGAUAAAAAUAGUAAAGUUCAACAAGCCGUUCCCGGAGGUCAAGAGGUUACAACUCUUGCUCAGAUGGAGCAAGAGACCAAGUCAGGUUCACUUAAAAUUCAAAAUACAAGUUCUCCAGAUCAGGAAGUCAAACAAGUUAGAAAAACGCCUACAAAAAUUCAAGAGGGUAUUCCAGUAAGAGUUACAAAAAGGGUCAAGUCUUCAGUCAAGGUUCAAGAUGUGCCCUCUGGCAGGAUGGAAGUUAGUGUGGUUGAAUCAACGCUUCAGACAGAUCCUGCUCAAAAAGACAUAAAGCUAUCCAUUGGAAAGGCUCAAGAGGUCAGAUCAACACUGAUCGACACACAAGAACAGGAAAACCCAACAUCAGAAAAAAUUUCAGCCAAAAUACAAAACUCUCCAGAAAAAGGAAAUGAAAAGAUUCAAGUUGACGCAGAAGAAAAUCCUGGUGACCUUACACCAAAGAAAGCAAAGAAGAAGAGAUCAGAUGUGCAAAGAGCUCCAAUGGAAGAAACAACACCCAAAACACCUAGUCCUCCAUCUGUUUCCAUACCCACACGAAUGUCUAAAGCAAAAAAGAGAAAACCUGUGGAGGUUGAAAACUCAAACGUCCAGCUUAGAACUAAAAUGCUAGCACAAGUCAAAAGGGAAAACGAUAGUAAAACACCUCAGAACUCCAAUAUAUUUUUUCCCCCUAUAGAGAACAGAAAAUCAGAAGGAGCUGCUGAAAUAAGCCAAUCCACUUCAAACUUGCAGUCUGAGCAUAAAAAUAGCCAGUCACCCACUGAUAAAGCGCUUACUGAACAGAAAUAUGAAUUUCCAUCAAUUAAAAGCUUAACUCCAGAAAGAGGCCACUCAUUUUCCAGUUUAUGGUCCAAUAACAAAUCAGCAACCAGUAAAUCUUCUGCCACAAAAGAAACUGAAUCAUCAUCUGGUAAUUUGUUAAGUCCAUCACGACAACACAGGCGCUCACCACUAAAUGAAAUAAAAUUAGAUGCCAAAUCAGUUGAACCUGAAGAGCCAGACAGGAAGCCACAGGCUGAGCAGAGCAUUAUGGGUAGUGUAGUUUCAUCACUACCAGCCAUGGCUAUUGCUAGUGCUGCACCACUACUAAUAAAAGCCACUGAAGUUCUUUCUGAAACUUCACCAGAACAAAGUAAUGAUAUGUCCUUGUGUGCAUCAGUGUCUCAGGAAAUAGCAGGAAACAAUAUCCUGCCAGAACAGGAAGUUGACCAGGAUAGCACAGUUCAGGAUGUAUCAGCAGUCGAGGAAAUAGAUGACAGCAGCACCAAAAAGCAGAGUGCACAAGAUGUACAAAACAAGCUAGUUUUAGAUGAAAAUGGAAAAAUGGUGGAAGAAGAAGAUGUGAGGGAUAGUGAAACAGAGAGAGAGGAAGAGAGAGGUGAAGAAGAGAGUCUCGUUGAGGAAGAAAAUGAAAGUGAGGGAGUUGGGCAGAAAGAAGAGGGCAGUGCUGUUGAAGAUGAAGAAAGUGAGAGCGAUAAUGAUGAAGAGAGUGACAGUGCUCAAAAAGGAGAGGUGGACGGUGAGGAAGAGGAGGGAGAAGAAGAGGAAAGUGAGGUAGCAGGAGAGGAAGAGGAUGACAGCGAUAGCAGACAAAGCAGUAAAAGUGAAGGAGAAGGAAGAGGAGAUGAGACUGAAAGAGAAGAAGAGGAGAGUGAGGGACAGGUGAAAGAGGAGGGCGAGGAUGGAGAAAUGGAGGAAGAGGAGAAUAAAGAUGAAGAGAGUGGUGGAGAAGACGAGGAAGAAGAGAAUGAGAGCUGGGAUGAAAGGAGUGAGGGAGAGGUGGAAGAUGAGGAGAAAACUGAUGCAGAAGAGGAGCAGGAAGGAGAGAGCAGUAAUGAGGAGAAAAUGGAAGUAGGUGAACAAUCUGACAGUGAGGAUGAAAAUAAAAAUGUGAGAUUAGAUGAAGAGGAAGGAGAGAGUGAAGAAAAGGAUGGGAGUGAAGAAGAAGAAGAGGAAGAGAAUAAAACAGGGGAAGGAGAGGGAGAACAGGAAGAAAAGGAAGAUGAAGAGAGUGAGGAAGAAGAUAAGGUAGGAAAUGAAGAUGAGGAGGAAAAUCAAGAUGAAGAGACUGAUCAUGAAGAGGAGGAGGGAAACAGAGACCAGGAGGAGGAGGAAGAAGAGAAUGAUGAAGAGGGUGAAGAAGACAAGGAGGAGGAAGUGGAUGAAGAGGAAAAUAAUGAAGAACUGAAAUACAAAAAAGAUGGAGUCACAAACAGUGAAGAAGAGGAGGGAGAGGAAAGUGUGAGAGAGAAUGAAGAACAACAGGAUGAGGUGGAAGUUGAAGACGAGGAAAAAAUUUCAGAGACAGAUGCAGAUGAAGAUAGAGAAAGACAGGAAGGGAGUGAACAGAUUGAGGAAGAGGAUGAAGAAAAAGAAGAGGGUGAGAAAGAAGGGGAAAUGGAUACAAGUGAAGUGAAAUUUAGAGAAGAAGAGAAUCUGGAUAUCUCUGAGACACGGGAAGAGGACAGAGGAGACGAAGACGAUGAGGUGAACAAGCCGAAUGAAAUAAUGGAAGAAAAUAACGAGGAAGAGAGUGGAAGUGAGAAAGAAGAGGAAGAAACAGACAAGAAGCGAGAGAACAAAAAAACAGACAGAGGUGGGGGGAAACAGACAGAAACUAAUGAGGAAGAAGAGGAGGAUGGUGAAGAAGAGGAGGAGGAAGCAGAGCAGAAAGAAAUGAAACAGAGAGAAACAAGUGAAGAAGAAGAACAGGAAGAGGAGAGUGAGGAGGAGGAAGAGGAAGAGGAAGCAGAGCAGAAAGAAAUUAAACGGAGCGAAACAAGUGAAGAAGAAGAACAGGAAGAAGAGAGUGAGGAGGAGGAACAGGAAGCAGAGCAAGAAGAAAUGAAACAGAGAGAAACAAGUGAAGAAGAAGAACAGGAAGAGGAGAGUGAGGAGGAGGAAGAGGAACAGGAAGCAGAGCAGAAAGAAAUGAAACAGAGAGAAACAAGUGAAGAAGAAGAACAGGAAGAGGAGAGUGAGGAGGAGGAAGAGGAACAGGAAGCAGAGCAGAAAGAAAUGAAACAGAGAGAAACAAGUGAAGAAGAAGAACAGGAAGAAGAGAGUGAGGAGGAGGAGGAGGAGGAGGAGGAACAGAAGGCAGAGCAGAAAGGAAUGAAACAGAGAGAAACAAGUGAAGAAGAAGAACAGGAAGAAGAGAGUGAGGAGGAGGAGGAGGAAGAGGAGGAGGAAGCAGAGCAGAAAGAAAUGAAUAUAAAAGAGAAAAACAGGAUGAAACAGAGAGAAACAAGUGAAGAAGAAGAACAGGAAGAAGAAGGUGAUGAAGAGGAGGAGGAAGAGGAGGAGGAAGAAACAGAGAAGAAAGAUAAAAUUGGGAGGAAACAGACAGAAACUACUGAAGAAGAAGAAGAAGGUGAGGAGGAAGGUGAAGAGGAGGAAGAAGAAGGUGAGGAAGAAAAGACCAAAAAAGUACCAAAACAGAGAGCCAAACCGAACGUGUUACCUGCGCGCAGACAGACAAAUGCACAGAGAGACAGACAGAAGACUAGACAAAGAGAUCAACAGAAUGUUAAAGGGAAGAAACAAGCAGAUAGUGGUGCUCAGGACCCUCAGUUCUGGAACAGUGUCCUACCACAGUAUCUAAACCUUAAAUGAUCCCAAGGUCUGCACACUACAAGCACAGAGACCCCAAACAUCUGCCUGUAUACGUACAGUUCACAGGACUUGACAUUUCAAAAGUGCUGUGAAUCACAGUUCUUUAAACGGCGAAACUUAAAAUGGUGGACGGGUGAUGGAGAUUGAGCUAAACAUGAACAUAAAAGAUGGUUUGUAUUCUGCUUUAGUAUGAGAUAUGGCUCUAAAAGGGCUGGAUGUUUCUCACUUCUAUGAGGAUUCUUGUUUAUCAAGUGCCUUGACUAAAAUUAUUCCAUACAUAUUCUGUUACAGUAUAUAUUGUCAUAGUGUUUAUAUGAAUGUUAUUUUUUAAGCA